GCGAGCAGUGAGUGCAGCACGUUGUGGAGCCGCUGAGGUGAUUCAGAGGAAAUCACUUGUUUCUUAAAAAAAUCGCCGCUUUUAUUUUUUUGAUAAUUGACCCUCUGAGAUUUCCAGUUGACCAAAGAAAUGGUGAUGGAGAAGCCAAGUGCCCAGCUGGUCGGGCGAGAGUUUGUCCGACAGUAUUACACACUCCUGAACCAGGCCCCCGACUACCUGCACAGGUUUUAUGGGAAGAACUCGUCCUACGUGCACGGAGGCCUGGACAGCAACGGCAAACCAGUCGAAGCUGUUUACGGACAAUCUGAGAUCCAUAAGAGGGUGAUGGCUCUGAGUUUCCGCGACUGUCACACAAAGAUCAGGCACGUGGACGCUCACGCCACCCUGAACGAGGGCGUGGUGGUGCAGGUGAUGGGCGAGCUGUCCAACAACAUGCAGCCCAUGAGGAAGUUCAUGCAGACCUUCGUCCUGGCGCCUGAGGGAACCGUCGCCAACAAAUUCUACGUCCACAACGACGUGUUUCGUUACCAGGACGAGGUUUUCGGAGACUCUGACUCUGAGCCUCCUGAAGAGUCUGAGGACGAGGUGGAGGAGAUCGAGGAGAGGGUUCCCUCCCCUGACGUAGUUCAGGAGGAGUCUGCUCCUUUCUACGACCCGUCACCCUGUUCGGAACCUACCGUUCCCGGCGACGACGAGGAAGCAGCAGCGAGUCCCGAACCCGAGCCCGAAGCUGAGAAAGAACCCGAAGCCGCAGUGGUGGAGCUGAAAUCGGAGACGAUGCUGGAAUCAGAAGUAGACGGAAUCACACCGGACGACCAGACAGAGAAAAGCCCCGCCUCCGCCCCACCAACCGCCGAACCCACCGCCGUACCUGCCGAACCAACCCCCGCCGCUCCAGAGGAAAACAGGCCGUUCUCCUGGGCGUCCGUCACUAGUAAGAACCUUCCUCCCAGCGGAGCCGUGCCAGUCUCAGGACUCUCACCACACGUUAAAGCCCCUCCCACAGCGCCGCCCAGAGUGGAGGCCAAGUCAGAAACCCAAACAACAACACAACGACCACAGAGAGACCAGAGGCCGAGGGAACAGAGGCCUGGAGGUCCUCCGCCCGUACACAGAGGCCCCAGACCAGUCCGUGAAGGUGAGCAGGGAGAGACGGAGGGUCGCAGGGUGGUCCGGUACCCCGACGCCCAUCAGCUGUUCGUGGGUAACGUCCCUCAUGACGUUGACAAGACGGAGCUCAAAGAGUUCUUUGAACAGUAUGGUACAGUCCUGGAGCUGAGGAUCAACAGCGGAGGGAAACUACCAAACUUUGGCUUUGUGGUGUUUGACGACUCUGAACCUGUCCAGAAGAUCCUCAGCAACAGGCCCAUCAAGUUCAGAGGCGACGUCCGUCUGAACGUGGAGGAGAAGAAGACCCGGUCAGCCAGGGAGGGAGACAGGCGGGACGUGAGGCCCCGCGGCCCCGGAGGUCCAGGCGGCCCCAGAGAAAGAAUAGGAGGCGGCGGCCCCAGAGGACCCUCGGCCCGCGGCGGCAUGGCACAGCAGAAACCCAGCUUCGGCUCCGGGCGAGGCGCCGGCCCCAACGAGGGUCGCUACUCUACCCAGCGCCAAUGAGACACCGGGGGGGAGGGGUCUCCAAAACCUGAGAUAGAUUACUGUUUGAAAAUGGAUUCAACUUACUUCUGAGUGGUUAUUGAUUUGCUGCAGCAGGAACCAAUUGGACAAACCCCCAAACUUUAACUAAAACCCCUUCUUUACGUUGCAUUUAGGAGUAAGAAUGAGAUGGUGUUACGAAUCUCGAGUCAUAAAAAACCUGAUUUCUCGUCAGUAUUUUGGUCUCAUUCUUCUCCUAAAUGCUUAAAAAGGCGAUAAACGAGUGUUACGAAGGGAUUUUUGUUAAUAACUGACGCAGGUUUGGUCAGGAGAGCUUUCACCGUCAGGUCACGCCAGCCCCCUGCUGAAGCCGAGAGCAGCCAGUCAAACAUCUGUCUCUCAUGAAGAUGGCUGCCUCCUCUUCCUCCUCCUCCACCUCCUUCACCACCUCCUCAUUCUUCUCCUUCACCUGCUGCUUUUCGUUCCCCUCCCCUCUCUCUCUCUCUCUCCACGGAAUCCAGAACGUCACUCCUCAUUUUUCUCCACUCUUUUCUUUUUUCUAUCUUUUAUCAAUCUUAUCAAUCUAUCCUCCUCUUCUCUUUAUGUCUGCUCCUCAAACCAACACGUGUUAUCUGGACUUUUUUUUUUUUUUUUUGUCUCUUUUUUUUUUUUUGUUUAUCAUUGCUUGAACUUGAAUUUAUUAAAAGACACAAAUCGAAACACGCAAAACAGAUGAAAAAAAAAAAAGGGUAAAUACUACUUGAAUUGGGGAUUAAAAAACCCAGAGGUUAGGUUUUUUCGCGUUCUCUCUCCCUGUUUCUUAAAGGAACGUGUACUUUACUGCUUGGGCAAUCCUGUGUAUUGCUGCCACCGUUGUAUCUAGCGAUGGAUCUGUCUUAUCUUUUUAUUCUAUCAGGUCAAGAGCUGAACUGUAGUGGUUUUAUUUGAGUAAUAAUGUUGGCUUGUAAUAUGUGGAUUCACGGACGCGUCUGAAUGGAGCAUGUUAUCAAAUCAUGUUAUCAAAUCCUGUAAGGCUUCUAUUACCGAUGCACUUCAUUUGUCAUCAUGUUUUAAAAAUGAGCUCACCUGCCGAUGAGAGAACUAAAUUAAAAGUGAUUUACUGUU